UGAAGUUCAGCUGGGGUUUGGUCCCAUGCUCAGAGGGCAAUGUUAAAAGCAACUCACAGAGUGGCUGGGGUUGGAAGGCACCUCUAGUUCAUAGAGUGAUAGUCUAGAAAAUAGUCUAGAGUGACCUUAGAACUUUCUUCCAGGAAAAAAAAAUCACUUGUCACAGUUGCUUUCCAUAAUGAAGGGAUUUUGCUGAUCAUACUGAACUAAAUAAUAAAAAAGCUGAUAUACUUGACCAUGAUGCGUGAUCUAGUAACGGCCUGSAGGUUGUUCCAUGAAGAAAUGUUUUGGGAAGUGCUGGCCUUUGUGUUGGUGAGAUGCGGUAAGCUGAUCUUCCUUUAGCUUAUGAUGGUUCCUUUAACUUAGCAUUUUUCUUACGGAAGUAGCACACUGCAGGAUUGCUCUUUAGUACAUUAAAUCUGAAGGACUGAUAGAAGUCAGAACAAUUAAAGUUCAGCACCCAUGAAAGGGAAUGCACCAUUCUCACAUGGCAAGAGGCUUGCUUACACUGUGUAUAAAUCAGUCUUGUAUUUCCAAGUUAAUUAAAGUGCUAUUUUUCAGCCAUGGAUGCACUUACAGUAUGGAAAAAAGAGUGUCUGAAAGGUUUUCUGCUUCUGCUUGUAGAUGGAUGGCGACAGCUCUACGACAGAUGCUUCUCAGUUAGGAAUUUCUGGAGAUUACCUGGGCAGCAGUCACUAUGUGAUACAGCCUCACGAUGACACGGAGGACAGCAUGAAUGAUCAUGAAGAUACAAACGGCUCAAAAGAGAGUUUCAGAGAACAAGAUAUAUAUCUCCCAAUUGCAAAUGUGGCAAGGAUAAUGAAAAAUGCCAUACCCCAGACAGGAAAGAUCGCCAAGGAUGCAAAGGAGUGUGUGCAGGAGUGUGUAAGCGAGUUCAUCAGCUUUAUAACGUCGGAAGCGAGUGAGAGGUGUCACCAGGAGAAAAGGAAGACCAUCAAUGGAGAGGACAUUCUUUUUGCCAUGUCUACCUUGGGAUUUGAUAGCUACGUGGAACCUUUGAAGUUGUACCUCCAGAAGUUCAGAGAGGCAAUGAAAGGAGAAAAGGGAAUUGGAGGAACAGUUACAACUGGAGAUGGUCUAAGUGAGGAGCUCACAGAGGAAGCAUUUACCAACCAGUUGCCAGCAGGCUUGAUAACUACAGAUGGCCAACAGCAGAACGUUAUGGUUUAUACAACSUCCUACCAACAGAUAUCUGGCGUUCAGCAAAUUCAGUUCUCGUGAUGUGAAGAAAACUUUGGAUGUGGACAUGGGAGACAGAAAAGCUGUGCAACUCUAGCGAAGAGACAGUUUUAAUGACUGGUGAAGAGAUUUAUCUCUUUGUAUAUUAAAUAGCUGUAAUGUAGCUACCUGAAGCUUGACUAACUGAGGUGUGAAUUCUGACUCAAAUCUUUUUCAUGAAUGAUUUAAAAAAAAUUGGAUUUUAAAGGUAUUAAAGUAUUUUUGUUUUGUACAAGAGUUUGUUGCUCUGUAUAACUCCUGUAUGCAUUGUAUAUUGCAAUUUAUUACUGUCAGAGAUUUGUAGACAGUUUCUUAUUUUCAUAUUGAAUCAUGUUACUUUUGUAUUUCAGGUAAACAGCUGGGUUAAUUCAUGUUUACCCUUUGAAUAAAAUUGCAGGGGUAAAGUUCAUUUUGAAUGCAAGUUGCCUUUAUUAUAAAGAUUGAGUUGAUCUUGGUUAUGUAACUUGUCUUGCAUGACAACCUCAACAAACUUGACAUGUCAACAUAUUUAUUGGAAUUUUGAAAGGGACUUUUUCUCAUGAAACUAGCAAUUCAAGAGACUUGCUACCACUGUUUUUUAUGUAACUUUGGAAUUAAAAAUUAAUCUAGAAACAAAUGAUUGCUCUAUUACAACCUGAAGUUUAGAGCUCUUUCAGCAGUGUCAAUAUAAAGCACUGUAUGAUGCAGGUCUUCAUUUCACUUUUUGUUUUCCC